AUGCCUCCAAGCGAAGACGAAGCUCUGCGCCAAUUGCAACACGAGCAAUCCAAGCUGCUGGAUGUCAUCGACGAGCUGCGCACCAUCGGGGUCGGCGGGCUCGUGGAACUGCCCCAGCUCAUUGUCUGCGGCAACCAGUCCAGCGGCAAGAGUUCAGUUCUCGAAGCCAUAUCACGGGUGCGAUUCCCAGCGAAAAGCAACAUCUGCACGCGCUUCGCGACCGAAUUUAUCCUGCGCCGCAGAGCGGUGUCUAAAAUCAAGAUCUCAAUCGAACCGGGAUCGUCGUGCUUGUUCAAUCAAGAGCGAGUAAAAUACAUUCGCAGCUUCGCGCAUGAGGACUACUCCGAUGGAAAUGAUCUCCCGGAUCUGAUUGAAGCUGCGAAGGAGCAUAUGGGGAUUACCGAGGCCGACGCCGAGAACUCUGGAUUCAGUGAUGAUAUCCUGAAAGUCGAGAUCUCGGGGCCGGAUAAGCCAGAGCUGACCCUUGUUGACUUGCCCGGGUUGUAUUACUCGACCAGCCAGCAGCAGGGGAACGAAGGGAUUGCGAUCACCCGUAAUCUGACGGCGAAGUACAUGAUGAACACCCGGAGCAUCAUCCUCGCGGUGAUCAGUGCCAAAUUAGACUACCAUCUGCAGGAAGUUUUGAAUAUCAGCGAGAAAUACGAUCGUGGGCGUGAGCGAACACUCGGGAUCAUUACCAAGCCUGAUAUCCUCAAGGCCGGCUCAGAAGAGGAAGAUUCGUGCUUGUCGCUCCUGCGAAACGAGAAGACGCACCUGCAGCUGGAAUGGCAUGCGUUACGGAAUCGAUCAUUCGAGACGAGAGACGCAUCAGACAAUGAUCGUGACCAGCAAGAGAAGGAAUUCUUCAACAACGGCAGGUGGUCCACCGUCUCACGGGAAUUCGUUGGUGUGGACAGUCUGCGCCGUCGCCUUAGCAGUAUUCUCCUGAAGCAUGUCCAGCGCAACCUCCCGGAUUUGAUAUCCGACAUCAGAACGAAGAUCGCUGAGCGAGAACAGACACUAUCAAGACUCGGACCCUCUCGAUCGACCCUCCCGCAGCAACGGGGGUAUCUACUGAGCAUAAGCAGCGCGUUUGAGCGUGUCAUGAUGCAAGCGUUGAGCGGGAUGUAUGCGGAUGAUUUCUUUGGCGGAGUGGGCGAGACGAAGAGCUCGCAUGAUGACAAUCGACUACUCCGGGCCACGAUACGGCGUUUGAACGACUUCUUUGCAGAGGCGAUGACCAUUCGGAGCAGCCGACGCAUUAUUGUUGAAUCGAAGCAGCUUUUCCCUACUCCGCGUCUGCCUUCUGCCGGAAACCCGUACAUGGCCGGCUGGACCCCGGACUACAUCCAGCGCGAGAGACUGGAAGACGAGUGUGCCCAGCUUGUUCGCCGGAAUCGUGGGGUUGAGCUUCCGGGCGUCGCUAAUCAGCUGCUGGUUGGGAGAUUGUUUCGCGAUCAGUCAAGGCCGUGGGAGGACGUCGCUCGGAACCACCUGCUUAAGACUUGGGACGCCGCGAGAUACUUCGUCUAUGAGCUUCUACGGCAUCUGGCGGACGAGCACACUUGCUCUCUGCUCGCCGGCUCCGUGCUGGAAGCUGAAUUGGAGAAGAUAAGAGAGGAAUUGCUGGGCAAGCUUGAUGAACUUACUUCGUAUAACAGGUCUGGCCAUCCACUUCCUCUGGGAACCGCCUUCUUGACGCAGAUCCAGAAGGCCCGGAGUGAUCGCUUAGUGGAAUCCUUGAAGUCAAAGCUAUCAUCCACAGAUGAAUCGGCUACCUCAUUUUCGAUGGUGGCCAUUGAACGUAGCAUUGCGGACAUGGAGAAAUCACACGACGAGUUUGCCGCUGCGGACAUUGUCGACCAAAUGCAAGCCUACUACGAUGUGGCUAUAAUCACAUUUGUCAACAACGUGGCAACCCUCGCCAUUGAAAACUGCCUUGUCCAGCCUCUGCAGCGAAUGAUCACCAGCCAGGUCAUCAACGAUAUGGACGAUAAGCAGAUUCAGGAACUGGCCGCCGAGCCUUCCUACGUCAGUGAGGAGCGCGAGCGUCUGGGUAAAGAGCUCAAAAGGCUACAGGCUGGUUUGCGAACCUUCAACGCCUAUCGUCCCUUGACUCUCCCUGAUAGAAACAAGUCCAUAUUCGAUACGAUCAAGCCCAAGCCUAGCACAAACCAGACACUACAGCCAACGUCGAUAUCUGGUAAUACACCAGCUGGCAGCGGAGACGGCGCUUUUCCAAAAGGCUUGGGUUUCUUUAGCCCUUCCGCAAGUACAAAUGGGUCCGACUCUAAUACUGGCGGUGGCUUUAGCGGCUUUGGUAGCGCUAAACCAUCUGGUUCUCUGCCAGGUACUACAGGAAGCGGCCGGGGCACCAGCAUGUUCGGUUCUCUAGCGAGCAAUAAAACCGAAUUUGGUGCUCAGGCGAGUACCGGUACAGGUGGGAGCCCUAGCUCCUUUGGGGGACGGUUUGGCUCUGCUGCCCCUGCUCCUGCGCCCUCUAGUUCUCUCGCCAAUGGUCAGAAGGUCAGGGUUAAUCUCCCCAAGGGAACCGAGACAAGCCCUGGUCAGUCUAAAAGUCCCUUUCCCCCAAGCACGAAAAACAUAUCCUGGUGA